AUGCAGCAAGUGGACCCGCUGGAGCGGCCUCCGGAAGAAUAUAGAGAAGCGGGCCCUAUACGGUUCAAACUUGGCGAUAGAUCUGGUCUACCUUACGGUCGCUUCAACAGUGCGCUUGCGGCGGGUGUCCCUGUCGUUAUAUCAGGUCUAGACCGAGACGAAGACAUGUUGUCGCCCGAGUACCUCAGCCGCAAUUUUGGUUCAGAAACAGUGAAUGUCAUCAACACCUUGACCUACGAGUCAGAGGAGCGAACUCUCAAGGAUUUCUUGGAUACGUUCGCCGACUCAAGACUGCAGGAGCCUCCAUUGAAACUCAAGGUUCUCUCAUGA